ACGCUUAUCACUCGCUGGCCUGGCGUGUUCUGGCUUCCAUAUCUCCCACGACUACUCGAAGAUAGCUGACAUUUCCGUAAUCGGUCUAGGUACAGUCUAAUUCAGAAGAUGAACCGGAUUUGUGUUGGUUUGCUUUUCAUGUCCAUCGUUUCAGUCCGUGGAGAUUGUCCGAAUGGUUAUGUCCGGCAUGAUGAUUCCUGCUACAAGUUCUUUUCCAGUGUUCUGGCCACCUGGGCGGAGUCUUUGACCUACUGUGAACUAUUUGAAAGCAAACUGGCGGUUAUAGAGACAGAACGGGAACAGACGUUUAUCGAAGGGCUACUCAGCAGAGAAUGGCACACAGGUGCCUCGGACGGCGUUUGGGUUGAUGGGACUGACCUACUGAUUGAGGGAGAGUGGGUUUGGGCGGAUGAUGGGACACCCAUCAAUACACAGGGAUAUAAUAAAUGGUUUCCCGGAGAGCCAAAUAGUCUGGGAAGGCGUGGAGAAGAUUGUAUGGACCUCCUACACCAUGAAAAGUACAACUGGAAUGAUAAUUCGUGUGAACGAAAACAGAAUUUCCUCUGUGAAAUAGAGACAGAGGGCAGUUCCGGAAUGGGAGGCGGGAACGCUAACAAUGGCAUCAUCGGAAAGUAAAUUUCAUGUGAAAGUUAUUAUUAUUCUGUGUAUGAAAUAAACUCUUUAAAUCAG